AUGGAGUGUUUCCGCCAGAUUGGUCGAAUGGUCAAGGCCCCAUUUCAGCGUAAUCCGCCUCCGCAACGGGGAUUGGAAAUUGGACCCCCGAUGAACUUUCGAAAGGAGGAAAUGCCGAGCUUCUUCCCAGAUGACGAUGCUCAAACAUUACAUAGCCACAGCUCGUCCUUGGAGAAGGAUACAAUGAUCAAGUCUCUGGAGCAUGAAUCCUCAACUCGCCAACGAAUCAAGAACAACGUCAGAAGACUGAGCGUGAGAGUGGCCCGGCCGGUCUCCGAACAUGAAGCCUGA